AUGUCCGGGCUUCCCCUGUGGGCCUCACGGCUCCUUUUCACAUGGCAGCUGUUGUGGCUGCUGGUCCAGGCAGCUCCAGCUCAGCCUGGAGCCCUGGACCCUGUCCUGCUGACCUCUGUUGCCCCAGGGCCCACUGAGCCCCGGGCUUUGGAUCAGCAAACACCUCCCAUGAAUACAGUCCUGGCUGAAGACUUCGAGUCUUUAUUAUUAAAUUCAGAACGCUCAGCUCUUCCUGCAGAGGUCCCUGAGGAAACAGAAGCUUUAUUAACUACCCAGGAGUCCCCAGCUCAUCAACCAGAAGACACUGAGGCUGGAGAACACUCUUCAACCCAGGAGGACACCUCAGCUCAGUCUGCACUGUCCCCUGACUUGGAUCAAUCUCUGCAGGUUUCUGAUGGACUGUUCCAUCAGCGUCCAACCUCCUUUGAAAAUGCUGGCUUUUCAGUCCAGGAGAAGAGCUCAGCUCUGCCACAACUGCCUAUUGCAGGUGCACACCCUCCUUCAGUCCUGCCACAGGGUCCAGCUCUACCUCCAAAGACAUCCACUAACCAUGAGGUGACAGUCUCCUCUCUAGAUGCAGGUGAAGCUCAGCAUCCAGUGUUGCCUCACCUGAACAUGAAACACGUGGAUGUUGGGGUUUGGAUAACACCAAAGCACCCUAUGAAGACCAAACCAUCUGAAACUGAGAAGGAGGCUUCAGGUGCAAGAUCGACCAAAAUGGUCAAACUUCCCAUCCAGCUGGGUGUCCCUCCAAAGGCACCUGAGGAGACAGAAUUGUCUUCCUUCCAGCAGAAGACCCAAGCUCAGCCUGCUUCUGAGGGUGAGGCUAUACAACUGCAGCAGACUGUAGCUCCUCCACAGCACCCCGAGGAGAAUUACCUACAUACAUCACCAAUUCAGGAUGAGCAACCAACCUUCACUGACAUCACGGUUCCACCUUUGGACCUGGAACUCACCAUAAUACCAGGACCUACUGUCCAGGCUGAACAACAUCCAAUCCUGAAGAAGACUACAGCUCCUCCGAAGAAACCAAGGCUGACAUUGCCACAUCCAGAGCCUGGUCAGGCUCGUCAACCAACCUUCUCUGACAUCACAGUGCCACCUUUGGCCCUGGAACUCACCAUAACACUGGAACCUGCAGUACAGGCUGAACACCCUACACCCCGAUGGCCAUCUGGGGCUCCUCCAAGGCAUCCUCAAGUGACAUUGCCACAACCAGAGCCUGUUCAGGCUCGGCAACAACUAUUCUCUAAUGUCCGAGUUCCACCAGUGGUCCUGGAGCUCACCAUAAGACAAGAAGGUGCUGAGAAGGCUGAACAUCAUCCAACCCCAAAGAGGACAACAGCUCCUCUAAAGCAGGCACAGGUGACAUUGCCACAUCCAGAGCCUGUUCACACUCAGCAAACCACCUUCGCUGCUGGCAGGGUUCUACCUUUGAGCCUGGAGCCCACUGUCACUGCAGAACCUACUGUGGGGGCUGAACACGCUAGAGCCCUGCACCAGACCAUAGCUCCUCCAAAGCAGCUUCUGGGGACGAUCCUCACUCAGGAUCAGCAAGCCACCUCAACUGAAGUCACAGGUCACACUGCAGAGCUGGAGCUUGUCAGAACUAUACACCCAGAGACAUCUGAGUCCGGCCCCCCAGUGAUUGGACAGAACAUCCUCAUGAACAUCUGCCAGCUCUGCACCUGCAAGAACGAGACGCUGUCCUGUACUGGACUCAGCCCGAAGCAGAGGCUCCACAGAGUGCCUGUGCUGUACCCCCAAACCCACAAUGGCUCCUUCACCAUCUUAAAUUUCAGAGGAAACGCCAUUUCUUACAUCGACAGAGAUGUGUGGGAGUCAUACCAGUGGGUCGAGAAACUAAUCCUCAGUGAAAAUAACUUGAGAGAAUUGCAUAAGGAUUCCUUUGAAGGCCUGCUAUCCCUCCAGUAUUUAGACUUAUCCUCCAAUAAAAUACAGCUUAUUGAAAGGAAUACAUUUGAAUCCAUGCCUUUUUUGCAACACAUAAAUCUUCACAACAAUUUAAUCACUAAGGUGAGAUUGGGAACAUUUCAGGCCUGGCAUGGAAUGCAGUUUUUACACAAGUUAAUUCUCAGUCACAAUCCACUGACCACUGUUGAGGAUUCGUAUCUUUUUAAGUUGCCAGCUCUACGACAUUUAGACAUGGGAAGAACGCAAGUGUCCCUCACAACAGUUGAGAGCAUCCUCCUGGUGGCCCUUCAACUGCGAAAACUGAUCCUACCUAGCCAUCUGGCCUGCUGCCUCUGCCAAUUCAGAAGUAGCAUGGAGGCUGUGAGCAAGACAGUCAAACUGCACUGUGACAGUGACUGUCCAACACACCCGCAGUGUGACGAAGAACUGUACUUAGGAAACACUGAAGGCUCUCUCCUGAAAGUCUUACAAGGCCGGGAGAAGCGCAACAGCCCUGAGCUGACCAUUGAGCCCGAGAGGGCAUCCCCAGGUGAAGAAAAGGGAGGCGGCUUAACAGCCUUCAUGAAGCUCCUGAUGAAGCUCCUCACUGAACAGGAGGAGGUUAAGGUUUCCAAGGCAGACUGGGGCAUGGAUCACUGGGGAAACGAGGGGACUGAGGCUUCAGGAGAAGAGGAAGAGCAGGAGACACGUGAGCUCAGGGCACAAGUGCCAGGCCAUAGGUAUAAGAACAAACUCAUCUUGGCAGCCCCUGUGAUUGCAGUGGCAACAAUUUUUAUGGUCAUUUUCUGUCUCAUGGCCAUCUGUCAGAGAAGAACAGCGGAGGAAGGCACAGAAGGACGGGGCUUCCUCUCCAUGUUUGGACAUAAAGAACACUCAGCAGAACAUGAGAUGGAGGAGGGCGGCUUCCAGAGAAGGUGGCCCCUGUGGCCAUGGGAUAUGUAUUGGCCUCUCAAUGCCACGCACAAGGGAAAUGUGGAACAGAAUGUGUCUGACCAGGGUGAGCUUUUGGAGAAAAUGGAGAAGGGUGAAGGCUCCAUGUCAACAGCCAAGGCUGCUACAUCAGACUCAGCUGCUGAGGAGGAAGCUGAAGAAAGUGAUGCCUGA